AUGGAGCUGGGCCCGGAGCCCCCGCACCGCCGCCGCCUGCUCUUCGCCUGCGGCAGCCCCCCGCCCGCGCCCCCGGCCCCGCAGCAGCCCGUCGUCAAGGCCCUGUUCGGGGCCCCCCAAGUCGCCCCCGCGGGCCUGUCGCCCGUCGCCAGCCUCGCCCUCACCAUGGGCCGGCUGCAGGGGCUGGACAGUGACUAUGAACAGCCAAUGGAGGUGAAAAACAGCAGUCUUCAGAGAAUGGGCUCCUCAGAGUCUACUGAUUCAGGUUUUUGUCUGGAUUCUCCUGGACCUUUGGACAGUAAAGAAAACCUCGAAAAUCCCAUGAGAAGAAUAAAUUCCCUACCUCAGAAGUUCUUGGGGUGUAGCCCAGCGCUGAAGAGGAGCCAUUCUGAUUCUCUUGACCAUGUCUUUCAGCUGAUGGACCAGGAUGAGAACAAGGAAAAUGAAGCCUUUGAAUUUAAGAAGCCAGUAAGACCUGCAUUUCGUGGCUGCCUCCACUCUCAUGGACUUGAGGAGAGUAAAGAUCUCUUCACACAGAGACAGAACUCUGCCCCAUCUUGGAUGUUUUCCUCAAAUGAAAGAGACGGUGAACCCGGGAAUGUUAGUCCUCAUUUCAUGCCCCAAUCACCUGUAACUGCCACUUUAUCAGAUGAAGAUGACGGCUUCAUGGAUCUUCUUGAAGGAGAGAAUCUAAAGAAUGAGGAAGAGACCCAAUCAUGUAUGUCAAGCCUCUGGACAGCUCCUCUUGUCAUGAGGAGAGCUACAAAUCUCGGCAAUCGAAGCAAUCUGUUUGACUCCCCUUCCAUAUAUAGCUCCACUGCACGAUCAAUGCUGAAAAGAUCAGAACGAUCUCAAGAGGAAUCUCCACCUGGAAAUCCAAAGCGGAGGAGGAGUGUGACUGGGGCCAGACCCGAAGAGGCUGUUAGUCCAGAGAAAACCCAAGAGAGUCUUCUUCCGUCUUUAUCCCUGGCAUUUUCUCCAAAAGGGACUAUUGAGAACAUUUUGGAUAAUGACCCAAGGGACCUUAUAGGAGACUUCUCCAAGGGUUAUCUCUUUCGUACAGUUGCUGGGAAGCAUCAAGAUUUAAAAUAUAUCUCUCCAGAAAUUGUGGCAUCUGUUUUGAAUGGCAAGUUUGCCAACCUGAUUAAAGAAUUCGUUAUCAUUGACUGCCGAUACCCAUAUGAAUAUGAGGGAGGCCACAUCAAGGGUGCAGUAAACUUGCACAUGGAAGAAGAGGUUGAAGACUUCUUGCUCAAGAAGCCCAUCACCCCGACAGAUGGGAAGCGUGUUAUCAUCAUGUUCCACUGCGAGUUUUCUUCUGAACGAGGCCCUCGAAUGUGUCGAUAUGUGAGAAAGAGAGAUCGACUUGGUAAUGAAUACCCCAAACUCCACUACCCCGAGUUGUAUGUCCUAAAGGGCGGUUAUAAAGAGUUCUUCCUGAAAUGCCAGUCUCACUGUGAACCCCCAAGCUACCGGCCCAUGCACCAUGAGGACUUUAAAGAAGACCUAAAGAAAUUCCGCACCAAAAGCCGGACCUGGGCAGGAGAAAAGAGCAAAAGGGAGAUGUACAGUCGUCUGAAGAAGCUCUGA